AUGUCUGGAGACAAAUGCCUCACCACAGGGCCUUUCUGCGAGCCGCCGACGUGUACGGCAGAGAGCGUGAUCUCGAACAACGUGGCUUCCAACGAUAACCGCCUGGAAUCUUCCCGCAGCGGCGGCUAUGUGGUGGACUUGCAAAACGGUGACACCGUUUGGUCUCAGAACACUUAUGGCUCGAACCAGCGCGGACUGGGUCAAGCUUUCGAUGCCUCCUCCGCCAGAGACUGGAAUCGUGCUUGGCAUGGGAAGUGCCACGGACCUGACUACAAGGCUGCUCCCUUGCAGCUCCGGUACACCUUCAAGUCUGGAAACCAUGUCAUCACGUCCGUGAAGGUAUGGAAUGUCCCCGGUGCAGGGCACCACGCCGGCAAGGUCGAUGUGAAGUAUUGGACCGGCAGCGACUGGGAAGACGUCACGAACCAAAGCCUGGAGGGCUUCACCGAGAAGAUCGACACGGAAGAGAUCGAAAUCAAGUUCGAUGCCGUGACCACCUCCCAAUUUCGCCUGGACUUCUGGGCGCAUGCGACCGCCGGCAAUCCCACCUGCGUGGGGGCGACGGAGGUCCAGAUCAUCGGCUGCAAGGGCCCUUGA